CUCGGGCAGGCGGCGGAGCUGGCUUGGGAACAGACGAGCCGGGGAGAGAAGAGAUGAACCCCCAGCUGUCCACGAGGCGGAUGAAGAGAAGCCCCCCAUGAUGGGGUCCUGCGUGUCCCAAGAAUUCUUCACAAGUGCUCAGAAGGAAUAUUCCAUCGCCAGCCACCCACAGUGCCCUCCUUCCACCCAUCAUGACAGUCAGCAAGUGCCUGCAGCUGCCCUGGAGAAGAAUAACAGCAAGGAAAACCAGAUGGAUUUCUGCUGGGACCCUCUGCAGAAAUGUUUCAAGACAUCCAGUGGGAUCCUCUCCGAUUCCAAAUUCGGCUCCAGCGGUUACAACGUCACGGCCCUGGCGACCUCCUCUCUGGUGGGGUUAGUCCAGACCAUAAAGGACCACAUCACCAAACCCACCGCCAUGGCUCGCGGCCGGGUGGCCCACCUCAUCGAGUGGAAAGGCUGGAGCGCCCCGCAGGUGGGCUGUGAGCCGUGGCUGACGGAGGAAGAGCACUACUCCUACCUCACGGACGAGCUGAGGGAGGCACGCUUUGCAGCAGGGGUCGCUGAACAAUUCGCCAUCACCGAGGCCACCCUGAGCGCCUGGUCCUCGCUAGACGAUGAAGAAAUGAAUUACGGGGGCAGCUCCCAGGAGAUUGUACAGCUUCAAGACCUGGAGAGCAUCUACCUGCAGGAGAAGCUGGUGCUGAGUCCCCAGGUGAUAAGUAGCCCCAACCUGGAAGGCAGCCUGCCCGCCUGCUCCUCCUCCACCCACACCUCCCCAAUACCCUGGGUGCACUCCGGAGUGGACAGGUGGACCUCGACCCACCCCUUCCCCGGGGCUCUCCCCUGCGGCUCCCCGCGGACCGGGAGCUCCCGGGCAGACAGCUCGGAGAAGGAGCAGGCCUGCGUGGGGAGAGAGCAGGAGGGCACGACCAGCGUCGGCCAGAAGCGGCUCAGCAACUCCCUGCACUACAUGGACAGCAGCUCCCUCUCGGAGGACGAAGUGUUUUAUAACUAGGUCCCCCGCCCCUGCCCGGGACAGGAAGGGGGCACGGGGCUGCCCUGAGGAUGGCGCUAGGGGCCCUGCCGAGCUGGCUAGUUCCAGUUCCCUGGAUGCUGCUGGGAGCAGUGAUUAGAAGCCGCCUAUUGGUUUGAGACAGUGCGGCAAGGCAACACCAACAGCAUCCGUCGUACCGGUGAUCGCUGGGGCUGCCUGGCCCUUUAGAGGCGGCAUUCGCUGGACUGGGCCGGUUGCACCGAGUCUGGGGCUGAGAUUGGUUUUCCUUCGGCCAAGGCUGCUGAGCUGCGCUGAGACCAAGACCCGUUCCGUCCCCCGGUGGGUUCCCCGAGGACUGGGACAGCCGGGGAGCAGGGGAAGCAUCCGCAUCAGUGUCUGUGCUCCAGCCGGCAGCCGGCCACCCGCGGCGCUCCCGGCUAGCCACGCGAGCGCGUGGUCUGUGUGCAAGCCGCCACCUGCCACUUUGGCUUCUUGUCUCCACGUAGUUCGGACGAGCUCCCGGCUGGUUUAACAUGGGCGCGUCUCUGUGCUCCCCCCUGCAAUUCCAGCUCGCUGCACAGAUGCGUUCUCAAGCCACUUGGGGUCAGGGGCUUUGGCGUUUGGCUAGCGAGCAGCUGGUUUGUACUAGGAAGUCAUCCUGGUCUCUGAGGCUGGGAGUUUCAAAGGCGCCUAAGGGGGUUAGAUACCCAAAUUCCAUCAAGGCACGGGGAUGGGGAUGUCUAAUUCCCAUAAGCUCCUAAAGGCGGAAAUGCUACAAACCCAGUCAGUUUGGUCCUUCCUCUUUACAAGACCAUAGUUGAUUUCCAGGGCCCAGCUACCGUGUGGAUGUUAGUCACACCCCUCAGCUACAGCCAUGCCCCCGCACUGCGCGGCACCUUGGGUAGGGCCGGGACACAGUGCGGAUCAGGGACCGUGGUGACUACGGGGUCAGCCUUGACUACAGGCCAGGCCCUUCCUCCAACCAACCCCACCCCCCCACCAUUGCUGUGCGCAGCUGGCUUUGUUCUCUGACCUCAAAGGUUUGGAUGGUUCUGUGGGCAGGCCCUAUGGCUACCCCCUCAUAGACACACCCUGAUACAAAUGAGAAAAAUCUCAGCUAGCCCACUGGGGGGAAGGGGAAGGGGAGACGGGCGAAUGUUAUAUUUUAAUUUAAAAGACUUUGUACGUUGGCACCGCUCUGCCUGGCACCUUUGGCAGGUUCCCGCCCGUCGCUCUGGGCGGGGGCUGCAUCCCGCGGGAUCUCCUCCCGUGCAGGGGGCUUCUGUAAAGCAGGCGGCUGGUAUGUGCAAUGACGGUCACUGCUGGGCGCCGCUGCCUCGCCUUAGAGCUGGUCCUAAGCCCCCCUCCCUUCAGCCAGCCACUGCCCAGCCGGCAGAGCGGGCACCACGCCUGGCGCUGUGUGCUUUGUAACCUAGCUGGUUCCUAAUGUUGCGUGGAGACUGUGUGCACCGUAGCAACGCUUCCUGCGUCAACGCGGGCAAGGGGAGUGGGUCCCCUGGGGGAUGCAACGGCUGUGAUGCCUUU